AUGUGCCCGCACGGCACAGCAUGUGCCCGCACGGCACAGCAUGUGCCCGCACGGCACAGCAUGUGCCCGCACGGCACAGCAUGUGCCCGCACGGCACAGCAUGCGCCCGCACGGCACAGCAUGUGCCCACACGGCAUAAACGCUGCCUUCCUCGGCCUCUCCAUGCACACACGGCACACCCACCCUUUCCCCCCUCCCCUCCACUCCCCUCAACAUCCUCCCCAGCUACUGUUCCUCCUUCCACUCCCUCUCCUCUUCCCCUCUUACCGCUCCUCCCCCGUGCCUACCCCUACGCCCCUCCUCUUCUUCCACUGCUCCUCCCCUCAGUCUCGCCACCCCCGUGUGCCUUCUGCUGCCGGAUACCCCACCCACCCGGCGUGGGUGUGGGUGAGAGCAGGGCUCUGUGUUCGUCUGGAUGACACCUGGAUUGGCGAACCUCCUAGCACUGCUACCAGUGGCACUCCUGCUCCUGCUACAGUCCUUGCUACACUCCCUGCUACAGUCCCUGACAUGGUGCGAAUUGCAGUACUUGCUACAGGACCUGCUACAGUGCCAGGUCAACAGCAUGAGCUGCAACUAAAUCAGCAGGAGAUGCUUCCGCCGCUGCUGCCUCUGCGCCUGCAUCUUCAACACCACCUUUCCGUAACUGCUGCCACCAGCCACACCACUCACACCAAUCACACCCUCCCCACCAGCAGCACCAUUAUUCCUCCCGUGGCCAUCACUCCCACUAAGGGUUACCGGGGAGCCCACGCGAGCUCCUGUGGGCAUAGCGGUACUGAAUGUGGUCAUCUGGGCAGCGCCUGA